AUGACAAUGAACGCGCGACCACAGCACGCGCCGCAAGGCGCGCAGCAACCGGCGCCGACAAAGGCAGAGCUUCAGAUGGCGAAGGCGCAGGAGCUUAUGCGGAAACUGAACAGGCCGAACCUUCACGAGAAGCAGCCUGCCCCGGAAAGCGACAAGAAAGAGAAGAAGGACAGACCACGGCUAUCGAAUCAUGAUCUGCAGCAGCUCGUGAACCCUAAUCUUUCUAAGAUGAAGGGCCCUCCGGCUUUGUCGCAGAAGAUUCAGAGGCAGUCCUCUGGGAUGACGUGUCAACAGAACGGUCCCGCGUGCCAUCCGCCGCAACAUGCGGCGCAGUUUCAGCAUCAAAACAGGCCGUUGGGUCAACACGGACCGGGAAUUAAUAUCGGGGAAGCUUCCCCGCAGCUUAACAAAAACACGUCGCUGCCGGUUGGGAGGAGAAACGCGGCCCUUCAGGGAGCUUCCGGUCCGCCGAACCGAAGCAGCGCCGCAGGGAUGGUGGGCACGAACCAGCAAGGUAGGUUCGGAGGCCCUACGGGGCAAGCGCCUGGACCUGGAAAUUUGGGUCGGAGGGUGAGUCUUCCGGCCGGGUUUUCAGGGGAAGCUGAUGCAGGGUAUGGCUCGCCCGCGCAGCUGCCACCGCAAUUGUCGCCGCACGGGCCGCCGCAGACAUCGCCGCACGGGCCGCCGCAAGCAUCGCCGCACGGACCGCCGCAGGCGUCGCCGCGAAGUGCGGCCCCGCCACCGCUGAAGAGCCCCGUGGGGGCGGGAAUGCGUUCCCCCACAUCCUCCCGGAGCGAAUUUGCGGGGGGCGGAGGAGGCGGGAUGGGAGUAGGAGAAGGGAUGGGCGGAGGAGGAGGGAUGAGCGGAACGGGUGGGGAAACGCGCUCGUUAACCAGCAACAGGUCACUAACGAGGAUGCUAGAAUGCAAGGAGGUUAGUGGUGAUAGUAGCCCGCGAGUUUCGGGGGGCAGGUCCACCCGGGAAGGGCAACUACGGCCAGAAAUUCGUCGACGUGGUUCGAUUGAUGACGAGCGCUUCGGCGCGGGUUGUGAUUAUAGCGAGCAGGGAGGCCCAAACCCAUCUGCGGUGGGAUACGCGGAAGAUGAGGAUAUGUACGGCGGAGCGGAGUCGGCGGAAGGGGAAGAGGGGGAACACGGGGAGGAGCGGAGUGAGCGGAGCCCGAGGGACGAGCGGAACGUCCGCGGAGCAGCGCCGCCAGGCGCACUCAGGUCUCCGCACGCGGCCACGUCCCCCAUGUCCCCUUCCCCCCAUGGCGGGAGUUCUUCCGUCAGCGCAUCCUUUUCCCCAGCGUCCCCGUCCGCGCGCCUUCCCCCCCAGCGUCCCCACCGCCGGGGGAGCUCGAACGUCGACCAACUAUUAAGGACGUCCUUAGAAGAUCUCCAAGCCGACUCGCGGAAUUGCAGGAGCCUGUGCAACUCCAAUAGCAGCUCGCCAAGUGUCAGCCGCUGUAACAGCGUCGACGCUACUAACGACGUCCCCUUUAACCCUACCGGCGAGGCUAAUAACGGGGAUGGAGCAGCCGCUGCCGCCGCUCGAGGAAGGUCCAGGCUCGGCCCGAGCCGGCAAGGCAGCCUCGUCUCCGGCUCCGCCGCCGCCGCAGUCGCCGCCGCCGCCGGCGCCGUUAGUGCUGGGGCUGGCGCUCCGGCGGGAGUCGCGCGAGUUUCCGGCGCUCCGCAGCCCGUCGCGCUAAGCGCCGCGGCUGCGCGCAAGUCGCUCCAGAACUUGCGGAAGAACCCCGCGACUGGCGGCGGAAGCGGAGUGGCAGGGCCGGAUUUCUCGUCCUCCGCACCGGCCGGCGCGCUUCCCUGCCCGCGAUUGGCGGCAGGGCAACAGGCGCCGCCAGCUGCGCGAUGCGGCAAAGCCGCGGUGGCGCGCACGCAGUCGUUGGAUUGCUCAAGCGGUGCGCAUCUGGGGAAGCUCGUACUUAAAUCCCGCGCCGCGUCGGUCGAUAUGGCAGGCGUGGCCGCACAAGCCGCCGCAGCAGUAGGGGCGGCAGCAGCGGGAACAGCGGCGGCGGCGGCGCCCGGAGCGGCGGGAGCGGCGGGAGGGCCUCCGGUAGGGGGGAAGGUCCCCAAGUCCUUCUCCGCAACUGGCGCCGCGUCUUUCGGCGGAAAAGCCUCUCCGCCCGUGACGCGUGUCGCGCGCUCGCUCUCCUCCCUCUCCGGCGAGCUCGCCACUUCUUCCGCCGCUUCUAGCGGAAAUAGCGGGAUUGGUUCCAUCGCCGCCGCGGCCGCCGCGACUGCCACGCUAGACGACGAAGUCUGCAGCGUGGAGGAGAUCCGAUCCGCGUUUUACAAAGCCAAGGGCGGCGGGAAGGGGAUUUUAGGUUUUGCGAUGCGCGGACUCUCGCAACUGUCGGGGAUGCUGGGAGGAGGAGGCGGGUUGACGGAAAACGUUUUGGGAAGGGAAUUUUCCGCGAUUGAGAAGAAGUAUUUUGUCAUGAUGGAUCAGGAGCUUGGGGCGGGCCAGUUUGGCGUGACGCGGAUGGCCAAGUGUCGACAAACGGGGAAGCAAUUUGCCUGCAAGUCAAUAUGCAAGGCAAAUCUCAAGAGCAAAUCGGACUUGGAGGAUAUCAGGAGGGAGGUUUCGAUGCUCGAGACCUUGAGGCCCAACCCUAGCAUUGCGCGGCUCGAAGAAGUGUUUGAAGAUGAGGAGGGUGUUCACAUGGUGAUGGAGCUAUGUGCUGGAGGAGAGCUCUUCGACAAGAUAAAGGAGAAGAAACGGUAUGAGGAGAGAGAAGCCGUCCCGGUCAUGCGAACCAUCCUCGACGUUCUCGCAUUCUGCCACAUGCGUGGCAUCGUGCAUCGCGACAUCAAGCCCGAAAACGUCCUCCUUACAAGCCCGGACUCGAUAACCGAAUGCAAGCUCAUUGACUUUGGCGUGGCUACUGUUGUGAAGCCCGGUGCGAAGCCGUUGUGUGACUUUGUCGGGUCGCCAUUUUACGUCGCCCCGGAGGUGAUUGAAGGGAGCUAUGGGAUUCCAGCAGAUGUGUGGUCAGCAGGGGUUGUGCUUUAUGUGUUGCUCUCCGGGGUUCCUCCGUUUUGGGCCCGCACCGAUGCUGGGAUUAUGAAGGCGAUCAAAGAGGCGAAGCCGUGCUUUAAAGGGGAGGCGUGGCGCGAUAUAUCGUUGGAGGGAGUGGACCUUAUACGGAGGAUGCUGACGCGGGAUCCGAAGAAGCGACUAACAGCCCGAGCUGCCCUUGAACACUCAUGGUUCUCUGUUUGGAAUGACUGA